CAACAAUUUCUAUCUGACGGGAUCCGUUUGACUUUCGGGUAAAAUGUCGGAUUCGGAAGCAAGCAAUCUAUCCGACAAUGAAAGUGACCGAGGUGGUGGAGGCAGCGAAAGCGAUCAGGAAGAAAAUCGUUCGGUAAAAUCUGCAGCUGGCAGCGAUGCUGGCAGCGUUGGAGAAAGAUCACGUAGUGUUUCUCGCAGCAGAAGCCCGUCUAGAUCGCGAUCCAGAAGUGCGUCUAGAUCGCGGUCACGAUCUCGAUCUGCAUCCGGUUCAGAGGAUGGUAGAGGAGAUGAGGCAGAGGAAGCCAGGUCUGGGGAUGAAGAGCUGGUUGAACCUGAAGAAGAACCUGAAGGAGAAGAUUUGGAAGGAAGCAGUGAAUAUGAUGAAGAGGAAGAGGAAGAGGAUGAUGAUAGACCUCGGAAGAAAAAGAAGAAAGAUAAAUAUGGUGGUUUUAUCAUAGAUGAGGCUGAAGUAGACGAUGAAGUUGAGGAUGAUGAUGAAUGGGAAGAGGGUGCUCAGGAAAUUGGUAUUGUUGGGAAUGAAGUAGAUGAACUGGGUCCUACUGCUAGGGAGAUUGAAGGAAGACGUAGGGGCACUAAUCUUUGGGAUUCUCAGAAAGAAGAUGAAAUAGAAGAAUACUUAAGAAAGAAGUAUGCAGAUGAAUCUGUUGCUGCUCGUCAUUUUGGAGAUGGUGGUGAAGAGAUGAGUGACGAGAUCACUCAGCAAACUUUGCUGCCAGGUGUGAAAGAUCCAAAUUUGUGGAUGGUAAAAUGCCGCAUUGGAGAAGAGAAGGCAACUGUACUCCUGCUAAUGCGAAAGUUUAUAACAUAUCAAUUUUCAAAUGAACCGCUUCAGAUAAAGUCUGUUGUUGCACCAGAAGGUGUAAAGGGUUACAUUUACAUAGAGGCAUACAAACAGCCGCACGUAAAAGCCGCUAUUGAGAAUAUAGGAAAUUUGAGAAUGGGUAUUUGGAAGCAACAAAUGGUACCGAUCAAGGAAAUGACGGAUGUAUUGCGUGUAGUUAAAGAACAAACCGGGUUAAAAGCAAAGCAGUGGGUUAGACUGAAGAGGGGCAUUUAUAAAGAUGACAUAGCUCAGGUCGAUUACGUUGACUUGGCACAGAAUCAGGUUCACUUGAAACUACUGCCUAGAAUUGAUUACACCAGACCGCGUGGAGCUUUGAGAACAGCGCAAAGUGAAUCCGAGGCUUUAAAACGGAAAAAGAAAAGACGGCCACCAGCGAAGCCAUUUGAUCCUGAAGCUAUUCGAGCUAUUGGUGGAGAAGUUACUAGUGAUGGUGAUUUUUUGAUAUUUGAAGGAAAUAGAUACAGUAGAAAAGGAUUUUUGUACAAAAACUUCACAACCAGCGCGAUUAUCGCGGAAGGUGUGAAGCCGACUCUCUCGGAAUUGGAAAGAUUCGAAGAAGCUCCUGAAGGUGUUGAAAUAGAUUUAAGUGGAGGCCCAGUGUCUGGUAAUAAAGAGGAUACCGCUGUGACUCAUUCCUUCAGUACUGGUGACAAUGUCGAAGUAUGCGAGGGUGAAUUGAUAAAUUUGCAAGGAAAAAUUGUAUCGAUAGACGGAAAUAUGAUAAUGGUUAUGCCAAAACAUGAAGAACUAAAGGAAGCAUUAGAAUUCCAAGCAUUAGAGUUACGGAAGUACUUCACUAUGGGAGAUCACGUUAAGGUUGUUGCAGGAAGAUACGAAGGUGACACUGGUCUAAUCGUUCGAGUAGAACAAAACAGAGUAGUCUUAUUUUCCGAUCUAUCGAUGCACGAACUCGAAGUUCUUCCAAGAGAUUUGCAACUUUGUUCAGACAUGGCCACUGGUGUGGACAGUUUAGGACAGUUCCAGUGGGGCGAUUUAGUUCAAUUAGACGCACAAACAGUAGGUGUAAUAGUUCGCCUUGAGCACGAGAAUUUCCACGUUCUAUCUAUGCAUGGAAAAGUGGUAGAGGCUAGACCUCAAGGAUUGACGAAACGACGUGAGAAUAGAAACGCGGUGGCGUUAGAUUCUCAACAGAACACUAUACAGAAGAAGGACAUUGUUAAAGUAGUGGAUGGCCCUCACGCUGGAAGGGGUGGCGAGAUCAAACAUCUAUACAGGAGUUUCGCAUUUUUGCAUUCACGGAUGUUCGUGGAUAAUGGUGGAAUAUUCGUCUGUAAAACGAGGCACUUGCAACUCUCCGGCGGAAAUAAGUCCAAUAUGAAUUCUAUGUCUCCAGUGGCAGGAUUCAUGUCACCGAGAAUCGCAUCGCCAAUGCAUCCUAGUGGUGGCGGUUUUGGAAGAGGGGGGGGUGGCGGGGGAAGAGGCAGAGGUCGUGGGGGAGGAGCCCGUCGGGACAGGGAAUUGAUAGGUACCACCAUCAAAAUAACUGGCGGACCAUACAAAGGAAAUGUUGGAAUUGUUAAGGAUGCCACGGAGACGACUGCGCGUGUAGAACUGCAUUCGACCUGUCAAACUAUCUCUGUAGACAGAUCCCACAUUGCGAAUGUCAGUGUGCCAACUAAAGAUGGCGGCUUCAGUAGUUACAACAGAACACCGGGUUAUGGCGCGGGUGGCCAGACACCGAUGUAUGCCAGGGAUGGAUCAAAAACACCUAUGCAUGGAUCGCAGACUCCUAUGUACGAGAAUGGUUCCCGUACUCCUCAUUAUGGCUCAAUGACACCGUCCCACGACGGUUCACGUACUCCAGGACAGUCAGGUGCCUGGGACCCGGCGGUCACUAAUACCCCCGCAAGGACGAAUGACUUCGACGGUUACAGCAUGGAGGAGGGAGGAUCUCCCGGUUAUGCGCCGGGAUAUCCCCCAACUGGUGGCCCAUUCACGCCACAAACACCUGGGACAAUGUACGGUUCGGAGCAAAGUUUCAGCUCGUACCAACCGAGUCCUAGUCCAGCUGGAAGUGCGACAGCUAGCCCCAGCCCUGCAGGCUACGUUGCUACUCCUUCACCGAGUGGUACUGGGUAUACUACCAGUCCACAUGGAGCGUUCGCUACCCCUUCACCGAUGGGUUAUAGUCCAAUGACACCAGGAGUUGCAGGUAGUCCGUAUAAUCCACAAACACCGGGUGCAGGUCUGGAUACUGGCGUUGGGUCUGGCAUCAUAGGAGGGACCGAAUGGCAUACUACAGAUAUCGAGGUUCGGAUUCGGGAUUCGCAUCAGGAUCCUGCUCUUGCUGGGCAACAGGGCGUUAUUCGAGGAAUAUCCGGUGGCAUGUGCGCUGUGUUCCUUCCGGUCGAAGACAGAGUCGUGAACCUGGUGUGUGAAGAAUUAGAACCGGUGGUUCCGUCACGGGGUGACCGUGUAAAAGUAAUCAUCGGGGAAGACAGAGAAGCUGUUGGUACGCUACUCUCCAUAGACAACCAGGAGGGUGUAGUGAAACUGAACAAGGACGAAGUGAAGAUGUUACAUUUGCGAUUCCUGUGUAAAAUGAAAGCACCGAACACAUAAUUGUCCAUUCCAAGAUAGCGAAUCAGCGAAGACAUUUUUCCGACGACAUAAUAGAGAGAAUUGUCCGAACUUGACGAUGAAAGACCUCGUUAACCGCAAGCUCUCCACGUUAUAUAUCCCUCGUUAUGUUCACAUAGAAUACAAGUUAUGUAAAAUAAGUAAAUAUGAUUAUUGUAAAAAUAACCUAACCCCCAUCUGAUAGCAAUUACAAAAAGACAUAGGUGUGAUUCUAACUGUGUUUUAAGUGUGACGAAGCUUAUAAACUGUUUUGUAUAAAAUGUUUGGCUGUUUAUGUGGUGAAGUUGGGUUUGCUGUCA